AUGCUGCUGAUGACGGGACGGGAACUAAACAUUGAUUUAAAUGUUAAGACCGUAGACUUGGCUACUGAUCAACACAUGACUCCAGAAUAUCUAAAGAUGAAUCCAACGCAUACGGUGCCCACCAUUGAUGAUGAUGGAUUUAUACUAUGGGAAAGCCGGGCAAUUAUGCAAUACCUGUGCAACCAAUACGCGCCGGACAGCACUCUAUACCCGCCGGAGCCCAAGAAGAGGGCACUCGUCGACCGUUGGCUUAACUUUGAUAUGACUUUAAAUCAGUCACAACGCGAGGCUCUGUUUCCCAAAAUGUUUAUGGGAGUGGAAGCGCCCGAAGACAAAGUGAAUGCGUUUAAAAACAAUCUGAAACUCAUGGAUACACAGGUGGGCGGCGACGGCAAGUAUUUGGUCGGCGAUAGCCUAACCAUCGCUGACCUGUCAGUGUUGGCCACCACUGUAUUCCUCAACAAAUUGCAAUAUUUGAAAGAUUACCCAAACANUCGGUUUAGCGGUCCGUCCCGUGCCGUACAUAUGACGGCCCGACAGCUCAACAUUGAUGUCAACGUUAAAUAUAUGGAUUUGAGUGAAGGCGAGCACAUGAAACCAGACUUUAUUAAGAUAAAUCCUGUCCAUACGGUUCCCACUAUUGUUGACAACGGCUUUAUAUUAUGGGAGAGCAGAGCUAUAAUGCAAUAUCUAUGCAACCGAUACGCGCCCGACAGCACUCUCUACCCGAAAGAGCCCAAACAGAGGGCACUCGUCGACCGAUCCCUUAAUUAUGAUAUGAAUUUGUCCACCACUUUAGGCGAUGUUUUCUUUACAAAAGUGUUCGUUGGGAUCGAGCCGUUGGAAGAGAAAGUGAAAGCAUUUAAAGACAUAUUAAAAGUAUUGGACGAAACAAUUGGUGACAAUAAGUACUUAACAGGCAAUGAGCUGACCAUUGCUGACCUCUCACUACUCGCCGGCACUAUAUAUAUAGAAUGGGCUGAAUAUGACUUAAAGGAGUUCCCAAACUAUAACCGCUGGUACUCUAACCUGAAGACAGAUGUCCCGUCCCGUGCGGUACACAUGACGGCAAGACAUCUCGAUAUAGCCGUUAACUUCAUUCAUAUUGAUUUGACGGCUAAACAACAAUUGGAGCCCUUUUUCCUCAAAUUAAACCCUAACCAUACGAUUCCCACAAUCAAUGACAAUGGCUUUGUCUUAUGGGAGAGCAGAGCAAUCAUGCAAUACCUGUGCAACCGAUACGCGCCCGACAGCACUCUCUACCCGAAAGAGCCAAAACAGAGGGCACUCGGAUCUAAACUAUUCAAAGGUGUGGACGCAUCCGAAGACAAAGUGAAAGUUUAUGAAAACAAUCUGAAAAUUGUUGACCAAUUGAUCGGCGAUAAUAAAUACGUGACGGGAAAUGAGUUGACAAUCGCAGACCUCUCACUACUGGCGUCGGGAGUGUUCAUAGAGUGGUCGCAAUACGACACAACUCUUUACCCCAAUUAUCAGCGCUGGUACUCAUCAUUGAAGACUCAAUUAUCCUAUUUUCACGAUAUCAAUGGUGUGUCCAAAGAUGAGCUUGAUCACCGUAUGAGUGGGCCCUCCCGAGCCGUACUGAUGACAGCCCGUCAUCUCAACCUCGACGCUAACCUCAAGCACAUGGAUCUGAGUGAAGGCGAUCAACUCAAACCUGAGUUUCUCAAAAUCAACCCUGCUCACACUGUGCCCAGCAUUGACGACAAUGGAUUUGGACUGUGGGAGAGUCGAGCCAUUAUGCAAUAUCUAGUCAAUCAAUACGCGCCCGACUCUACUCUAUACCCGAAAGACCCGAAAAAGCGAGCCCUUGUCGACCGAUCGCUCGACUUUGACCAGACCUUAACCAAUCAUAUCGGAGAAGUUUUGUUUUCAAAGACCAUGACUGGAGUGGAUCCGCCUCAAGACAAGGUGGAUAAAUUGACGACUAAUCUAAAACUAUUGGAUCAACUGAUUGGCGACAAACAAUACCUGACUGGAGAGCACCUGACAAUUGCGGACCUGUCACUGUUGGCGGUCACCACUUAUACCGACCGUAUGAGUGGGCCCUCCAGAGCCGUAUUGAUGACUGUCCGUCAAUUGAACCUCGAUGUCAAUCUCAAACGCAUGCAUAUUAAUACCGGUGACCAUUUGAAACCUGAGUAUAUCAAGAUUAACCCUGCUCAUAAAAUUCCAACCAUCAAUGAUAACGGGUUUGCACUUUGGGAGAGUCGAGCUAUAAUGCAAUAUCUGGUCAAUCAAUACGCGCCCGACUCUACUCUUUACCCGAAAGACCCUAAAAAGCGAGCCCUUGUCGACCGAUCCCUCGACUUUGAACAGAGUUUGUCCGACAUUUUCUACGAUAUUUUUACGACUAAUAAUGUAAUGUCGGACGAGAAAGUGGAAAAGUUGAAAACUAAAUUAAAACUAUUGGAUCAACUGAUCGGUGACAAGCAUUACUUGACUGGAGAGCACAUGACAAUUGCGGAUCUGUCACUAUUGGCGGCCACCAGUUAUCCCGAUUGGAAUGACUUUGAUUUGAGUGAUUAUCCCAAUUAUAAGCGAUGGUAUAACACAUUGAAGAGUGAAUUACCGUAUUAUCAGGAAAUCAAUGAUUUCAAAGAGGAGUGGAAGACUGCAAUCGCCAAUUACAAGGCUAAAGCUACCCAUCAAUGAUCACUAAUCAUUUAUGUAUACCAUAAUUAUGUUUUCAAUUAUUAGCAUAAUAAUUUUAAUUGUC